UUUGGAGGUGUUGUCUGCUUUGUACACGGUUGAGGGAUCGGUUAUGGCUGCUUGACUCGAGAGUCAUUAUAUCAGCACAAGAAUAGUACAAAUAUUUAGGCAAAAGCUGUAUCAUUAAACAUGUCUGCCUUUUUUUUAGCGAAAACCUGCAGUUUAGCGGCAAAAAGAUCCCCAAAUGCCAUUCGGCCGCUUUUACGUAAUGUGUAUCACACUCAAAGAGGGGUUUAUGGAUACAAACCCACGAAGACUGAAAGCGGUUUGAAAUUGAGCAAGACAGAAAUGAACAAUGCCUGCAUACAAGAUCAUGGAUUGGCUCGGCUAGUUGAAGCGUACAGAGCACACGGGCACAAAGCAGCAAGAGUGAACCCUUUAUUCUCCGGAGAGGCAGCGAUGGAUGUAGUGCCCGAGGUUCAGAUCUUAACAGAAGUCAUUGAUGGACCUUUCAAUACAAGUGGCUUAUUGCAUUUUGGGAAGGCAGAGGGUUCAUUAGAAGAUGUGUUGCAAUACCUCAAUCAUACGUACUGUGGCCACAUGUCCAUCGAGACGAGUCAACUGCAGACACUGGAGGAGAGGGAGUGGUUUGCUCAGAGGUUUGAGGAGCUGAAGAAAGAAGUAUUCACUCCACAGGAGAGGAGACAGCUGGCUACAUUAAUGCUCCAAUCCCAGGAAUUUGACCACUUCUUGGCUACCAAGUUUGCCACAGUGAAGCGGUAUGGUGGAGAAGGGGCAGAGAGCAUGAUGGGAUUCUUUUAUGAGCUCUUUCGUCUCGCUGCUUACAGUGGAGUGACUGAUGUCAUCACAGGCAUGCCUCACAGAGGAAGACUAAACCUCCUAACGGGCCUCCUUCAGUUCCCACCCGAGCUGAUGUUUCGUAAGAUCAAAGGGCUGAGUGAGUUUCCUGAAAACUCCCCAGCCAUUGGAGACGUGCUGUCGCAUCUGACCUCCUCUGUGGAUCUGGAUUUUGGCUCUGGGCACCCUCUCCACGUGACCAUGCUGCCUAACCCUUCUCACCUGGAGGCCAUUAACCCAGUCACUGUGGGAAAAACUCGAGGAAGGCAGCAAUACAAGCAAGACGGGGACUAUUCCCCUAACAGCUCAGCUCAGCCAGGAGACAAAGUCCUCUGCCUGCAGAUCCAUGGAGAUGCCGCAUUCUCUGGCCAAGGAAUUGUUCCUGAGACAUUCACUAUUUCAAACCUCCCCCACUUUAGAGUAGGUGGAAGCAUCCAUCUGAUUGUAAAUAACCAAGUGGGUUAUACCACUCCAGCUGAGAGAGGAAGAUCCUCAUUGUACUGCAGUGAUAUUGGUAAGAUGGUUGGCUGUGCUGUGAUGCACGUUAAUGGAGAUGAUGCAGAGGAAGUGCUUCGAGCUACCCGAUUGGCCAUGGCAUAUCAGCAGAGAUUCCGUAAGGAUGUGAUUGUCGAUCUGCUGUGUUACAGACAGUGGGGUCAUAAUGAGCUGGAUGAGCCUUUCUUUACCAAUCCUGCCAUGUACAAAAUAAUCAGAUCCCGGAAGAGUAUUCCUGACUCAUAUGCAGACAGCUUGGUAGCAGAAGGACUCCUGACCGAGCAGGAAAUUUCAGAGAUAAAGACGUCGUACUACACCAAAAUGAACGAGCACUUGACCAACAUGACACUGUACAGCCCACCUCCCACCAACCUGCAGGGCCAUUGGAAGGAGCUGGUGGAGCCUCAGGCUAAGAUCACGACCUGGGACACGGGGCUCUCCACUGACCUGCUGCAGUUCGUGGGAGCCAAGUCUGUAUUCAUCCCUGAGGAUAUCCACCUCCACAGUCAUCUUCACAGGACGCAUAAGCAGGCCAGACUGCAGAAACUGGAAGAGGGAACAAAAUUAGAUUGGUCUACUGUUGAAGCAAUGGCAUUUGGUUCCCUUCUCUGUCAAGGGUUUCAUAUACGUAUCUGUGGACAGGAUGUUGGACGUGGUACUUUCAGCCAGCGUCAUGCAAUGGUAGUCUGUCAGGAAACCAAUGAUAUGUACAUCCCUCUCAAUGACAUAGUGCCUGAACAAAAGGGUUUCUUGGAGGUAUGCAACAGUCCUUUGUCUGAAGAGGCUGUCCUUGGUUUUGAAUAUGGAAUGAGCAUUGAGAGCCCAAUGCUGUUACCAAUCUGGGAAGCCCAGUUUGGAGAUUUUUUUAAUGGAGCUCAAAUUAUAUUUGACACCUUUAUCUCAGGAGGUGAAGCUAAGUGGCUGCUUCAGAGUGGCCUAGUUAUCCUGCUACCACACGGAUACGAUGGUGCAGGCCCAGAACAUUCCUCCUGUCGUAUUGAGCGGUUCCUGCAGUUAUGUGACAGUAAAGAGGAGGGUGUGGAUGGAGACAAUGUCAAUAUGUCAGUGGUAAAUCCCUCCACUCCUGCGCAGUAUUUUCACCUGUUGCGUAGACAGAUGAUCCGGAACUUUCGCAAACCCCUGAUUGUUGCUUCUCCCAAAAUGCUCCUCCGCUUUCCGGGUGCUGUGUCAAGCUUUUCAGAGUUGGCUCCAGGGACAACUUUCAGACCAGUUCUUGGUGACCCAUCUGUGGAUCCCAAAAAUGUGAGUAGAGUGGUAUUGUGCUCCGGCAAGCACUACUAUGCCCUGCUUAAACAGAGAGAGGCGUCUGGAGAGGCUCAGAAAAACACUGCCCUGAUCCGAGUGGAGGAGCUUUGCCCAUUCCCUUUGGAGGCGCUGCAGCAAGAGCUGAACCAGUACAAUAAUGCAAAAGAUUUUAUUUGGAGUCAGGAAGAACCUCAGAACAUGGGACCAUGGUCUUUUGUAGCCCCAAGGUUUGAAAAACAGUUGUCAUGUAAGCUUCGGCCUGUCAGCCGGCCUCCUCUGCCAGCACCUGCCGUUGGGAUUGGAAUGGUCCACCAGCAGCAGCAGCAAGCUUUACUGUCUCAAACAUUUUCUUAAAGAUAUAUUGGGAACCCCUAAAGCUGUCCGUACUGUGCCUGCUAGAGAAGAUAAAUCAUAGCAUAAACCUCAAGGUUGGAUAAAUUCAAACGCAGUCUGUUUUGUUAUGGAACAUCUGCUGUUAAAGUUGGAUUUGGAAGGUUUUUUUUUUUUUUUUUAAUUGGAAGCUAUUGGGGGAAAUAAAAAUAAAAACUGAAAUUUGAUCUUUUGAGAUACAUUGCAUCCUAGAAAUCUGCUAGGGAUUGGAUUAAAUCCAAACUAAAGGUGAUACCAUUGUAGUACUUAUAUCUGCACCAAAAACGUCCUAGGCAUUUCCCAAAAGCAAAAAGAAACAACUGUUUCAAUACUAAAACUCUUUGCUCAAAUCAACCCAAUAUGGAUAAUGUCUCAAUUUUACCCAUAGUGCAGUUCUAUUUACAAUAGACCCAUAAUAAUGUACUGUUGACUGCCUUUCUCCCAAAGAGGCCCUGAGUCUAAUAGUUCAUUUUUAACAACAAUAAAACAAACACAUACUCUAUGGAGUUAAUAAAUACAACUGUAUACACAUUGCAAAUCUUGCUCAAAUCUAAUCCCACAUUCGGAUAAUUGUAUAGAUGUUCACAUUCACUUGUUAGCAACUAAAGGUUUUAUUGAAUAGAGCCCUUAGUCACAUUAACACAACAGUGCUAGAAAAGUCUCUGAACAUUUUGGUUCUUACAUAAACGUACUGCUUUCAGAGCCUAUAGAAUGUAUUUGAAAGGAUUAGUAACAUCAAUCUUCCCUUGAACAAUAAGGAGUAAUGUAUUCGGAACUUUACCACCAACAUGCACUUAAUUGGAACAGAAAUAAAAUACAUGUAAUACAUUGUCCCUUCAAGUAAUAGCUAUUUAUAGGCCACAGAUUUAUAAAAGGUGUGAAUAGAAGUUAUUGAUACUAUAUACAGUAUGUAUUAUUCAGAAAGAUAGUGGAAGUUAGUUUAAUUGGUUUUCAAUUUAGAAUUUAACAAAUUGCUUCAGGAUUUAUUACGGAAACAAAAGAAUGGAAAGAUCUGUUGACAUAUAUAUGCUAUAUAUAUAUAUAUAUAUAUAUAUACCAACAACAACACUUAGAGUGGCUUUAUCUGUGGUCUAUGUGUGUGUUAUUUAUCAUUUCAUUUGUGUAUACACUGUAAUAAAGUUGUUACAUUAUAAUUUGUGAAUGUAAAGACUGUUUUAAACUGAAUUGCAAACCAAAUAUUCUGUGAAAAAAGUAAAUGCCGCUUAUCCAAAUUGCAUUGAGUUCUGUGAUGCAGAGCUUUGUGAAAAAUAAAGACAUAUUUUAAUGUG